UGGCUGAGUCCUUGACAUCUUAACGAGCAUUAAUUUCAUUACAGUUAGUCUAUCUUUGCUUUUUUUGUUUUCUAUACAAUGACAUCAAUGAACUCUACGUUGGACUAUGCUAAUGAGGCCAUUACCAAGAACUUGAAUAUAUUUUUGGGCUUAAGUUUAAGCUACAAGAUUUCUAUUGUUCUUUUGAUACCUUUUGUCUAUAAUUUGUUAUGGCAGCUUUAUUGUUCUUUGAGAACUGAUAGAGCUCCUUUGGUGUUUCACUGGAUUCCAUGGUUUGGUUCUGCUGUUCCUUAUGGAAUGCAACCUUAUGACUUCUUCGAAAAUUGCAGAAAAAAAUACGGCGAUGUGUUCGCUUUCAUGUUGUUGGGUAAGGUGAUGACGGUUUAUCUUGGUCCAAAGGGUCAUGAAUUUGUAUUCAAUGCAAAGGUUAAUGAUGUUUCCGCAGAAGAUGCCUAUAAACAUUUGACUACUCCUGUUUUUGGUAAAGGUGUUAUUUACGAUUGUCCUAACUCCAAAUUAAUGGAGCAAAAGAAGUUUGCUAAGUUUGCUUUGACCAUCGAUUCAUUCAAGACUUAUGUUCCAAAGAUCAGAGAAGAAGUUCUUGGAUACUUCAAGGAUCAUCUCAACAUGGAUAAAAACAGUGGACAAGUUAAUGUCAUGAAAAUACAGCCAGAAAUUACCAUUUUCACUGCCUCCAGGUGUCUUUGUGGUGAUGAGAUGAGAAAGAAAUUUGAUGCAUCAUUCGCUCAACUUUAUUCAGACUUGGACAAGGGGUUCACUCCGAUUAACUUUGUGUUUCCUCAUUUACCUUUGCCUCAGUACUGGAAGAGAGACUCGGCUCAACAAAAGAUUUCCAGUGCUUACAUGUCUUUGAUCAACAAAAGAAGAUCAACUGGUGACAUUGAUCCUAAGAGAGAUUUGAUUGACUCCUUGAUGGCUCACUCUACUUACAAAGAUGGGGUUAGUAUGACUGACCAAGAAAUCGCUAAUUUAUUGAUUGGCGUGUUAAUGGGUGGUCAACAUACCAGUGCUUCUACAUCAUCUUGGUUCUUAUUACAUUUGGGAGAAAACCCUGAGUUGCAGGAACAAUUAUACAAAGAAUUAACUGAACUAUUGAACGAAAAAGGUGGUGAUUUCUUCGACUUGAGUUACGAAGACUUGUCAAAGUUAUCUUUGCAUAAUAGCGUCAUAAAGGAAACUUUAAGAAUGCAUAUGCCAUUACAUUCUAUUUUCAGAAAAGUUAAAAAUCCUGUUAGAGUUCCAGACUCAAAAUAUGUUGUCCCAAAGGGCCAUCAUGUGUUGGUUUCUCCAGGGUACGCUCAAACUAGUGAAAGAUUCUUUGCUUUUGCAGACACUUUCGACCCUCAUAGAUGGGAAACUAGUAACGCUUCAAGUGGUAAGGGAGAUGAGAAGACUGUUGAUUACGGAUUUGGUGCCAUUUCCAAGGGUGUUUCAUCUCCUUAUUUACCAUUUGGUGGUGGUAGACACAGAUGUAUUGGAGAACAAUUUGCCUACGUUCAAUUGGGCGUCAUUUUAUCAACAUAUGUUUACAAUUUCAAGUGGAAAUUGGCUGGUAAGCUCCCAGAUAUUGACUGGGCUUCCAUGGUCACUUUACCCAUUGAAGAAGAUUCAAAUAUCAUCUGGGAAAAGAGAGAAGGUUGUGUGUUGUAAACUUUGAAUGGGCUAGUGAACAAAUAUAAUAGAUCUACGUAUACAUGGCUCUCAGAAAAAUAUUACAAUUCCUUAAAUGUAGAAAUACUACACGCUCUUGGGGGUCUAUUCAAUAUAGUCCUGUUAUUAACAGCUUCUU